UGGUAACAGUUGUUCCGAAUGUUUUUGUAUUGUGCAAUAUAAUUUGUUGAUCAAUUUAUUUCAAGAAUUACAGAAUCGUUUAUAUUAUGAAUCUUACAGAGUCAUCAUCAUUGUUAUCCGGAUAAAAUGGCACAUAUUGAAAAAUUUAAACGUAGUUUUGAGUUAUUGAAACUUUAUACAACACAAUCACCGAAAAUAUCAGCACCAUUACCGGUGGAGAAAUCAUUGAUUUCACCCAAGUAUUUACGUCAAGACAAUAUCAUUGAUAAAAAGGAAUGUUUAAAACAAUGCGAUUAUCUUGUCAAUGUUCUCAUAUCCAUUGGUUUUCGAAAUCAUCCGGAUUUUAAUAAAUUUUUAUCACAAUCCAUUGAACUUUUAUUUCAUCUCUGCAAUAAUGAUGAUACCGAUAUUCGUAAUGUAGUCAAUGAAACUUUUGAUAAACUUAUUGGUAAUCUUAUUGAAUUCAAUUCCAAUCGAUUGUUGAGCGAACUAUGUAAAGGUAUAACGAAAUUUUCAUCAAAUCGUGCUUUACGUUUAUCAUUGACAAAGUUUUCCGAAAUAUGUCAUCGUAUUCGUUCGAACAAAUAUCGUGCAUUCACAACGAAUCUUUACUCAAGUUUUGUAACAAUAUUGAUCGAUUCACCUAAAGAUGAGCUCAUACAAGAAGCCUUAUAUACAGCCAUCUGUAAGAUCUAUCCAUUGCUUACACCUUAUGCAACCGAAAGAGAAAUAUUUGAUUUGAUGAAUGCUUAUUUGAUUAAUCUAUCAUCAUCAUUGAAUUCGAUUCGACGAUAUUCUUCCCUUUCAAUCGUUAUUUUAUGUGAUAGUGCAAGGAAACCAGAUCAUUAUUUUAAUGUUGCUUUGAAUCAUGUCGCCAAUCUUAUGUCAACGUCGACAAAAUCUAUCAUUACAGAAAAUAAAGAUUAUCUACUUACUGGCAUAUUCAUGUUGGCAAAAUGUUCAUUUUCAAAAUUGGCCAAAUAUCUUGAUCCAAAUGAACAUCCAAAAUUGUUUGAUUCAUUAUUGAAAAACUUAUCAUACAUUUAUCAGCAGAUGAUAUUGACGAUAAAAUAUGCAAUCAAUAACAUUCUUAUUAUUGCCACACUCGAAGCUUUGGUUGAAUUUUUCAAUGCAUUACCAGAGAAAAUAUUUCAAAUGUUCACCGAUCUUUGUGAAGAAGAAAUGGAGUUCAAACACAUUAGUUCAUUCCGAUCAUCGGCGAUGAAAAGUGUCAUUAAUGAUUCAUUAAUGAAUCUUGAGAAUCUUAACGAUGAAUUUGAAGAUGAAACAUUUGAAAAAGCAGGUAUAUUUUUCAGUAAUGCUGGAUCUAGUUUGGAUUUACCCGAUGAUGUAUCUGAAGCAAGCGAAAGUUUAUUUGCCAAUUCUUUAAUUGAAAAUACUGGAUCUAUUUUUGACCAUGAAAGUGAAAUUGAUACGAAAUCCAUUGAAAACAAAACACCUGAGUUCGAUCUAUCAUCUGAAGCAUCAUCAUUGAAUACGACAAGCCAUAAAUGUCCAAAUUCACCAUUUGAUAUAUCAUCAUCAUUCGAUUUGAUCAUAACCGAAAAUCAUUUACAUUCAAUUGAUUUCGAUGAUUAUAAUCUUGGUCCAUUGUUUUCAUUCGAAUAUGCAGGCAAAUUAAUUUGUCUGAAAUAUCUUCUCAAAGUUCGACCCGGACAAUUAAUGACCGAUGCCGAAGUUCGAGUGGCCAUUAAAGGUCUAUCAUUAUCUUGUAUAGCAUCGAUUGUUCAACAUUGUCCGAGAAUUUUAUUUGAAAAACUUGCAUACAAAAAAACUGCCACACAAUUAAUCAGAGAUAUAUUCUCAUUUUCAACACAUUCAGAUCCAAAUAUUCGUGGUCAUAUGGCAAUGAUUGUGGGAAAAUAUCUAAAACGAGCUCUAUCAUAUUCAUUUUCAUAUGAUGAAUUUCUCGCACAAAACAAUCCGGUUGGCAAUAAUAAUAAUGAGCUUUCACUUGAUUUUUUGCUAAAUUUAUUGGAAAAAUUUUUAUUCGACUCAUCAUCGAUAACCAUUCGUCAGACAUUGAUAAGUUUACAACAAUUUCUACCGAUAUUAAUCUCACAUAACGAAAUCAGAAUUAUUCAAAUAUUCAAUCUAAUACAUCAAUUAAUUCGUUUGAAAGAUAAUUCCUAUUGGCUAAUCAAAAUCGAACUAAUAACUUUAUUCGCUCGAAUUUCAUUUCCACAUUUGAAACAUAUGGAAUUUAUGCUUAAUUCAAUCACUAUAGAAAAGCCAUUAUUAAGAAUUCAUAAUCAUCUUUUAAAACAUGUUCCCAUUUCAAAAUUGAUCAUUGAAGAAAUUCUUUUCCAUUUUCUAUUCGAUUCCGAUCAUCGUGUAAGACAGGCUACAUUGAAUUUGCUUACAAAUUUUAUUGAUAAUAUCUGUCUAAAUAAUUAUGUCUUCCAAAAUGAUUGCAUCAAUUUACUAGUAAUGAAUUCAAUUCUAUCGAAUGAUGAUUAUUUGAAUGAAAAAUCAAAAUAUUUUAAUGGUAAAUUUCCAUCACUUGAUCUGUUUCAGCAUUCAUUGGAUGGGAAUCCUAUUCCAAAUUCACAUACACAAUCCAAUAAUGAUGAUGAUAAUGUUGAAUUUGUUAAUUUCAAAAAAUUAAUUAUCGAAUCAAAUGUUGCUUAUUUUGUUAAGAGAUUUUUCUACGAAUUACGCCAUCGUUAUUAUUGUAAACAAUCAUUGUCCAUUUGUUUGAAUUCGUUGAAUACGUUAGCGAGAUUAUAUCCACCGGAUAAACAUCCGAAUGGUUGGCUUAUUGAACCGAUUGAUUCAUCACAACACAAUUCAGUCGAAAUGAUCAUGUUUCUCAUUGAAAUUUUAACGAAAAAUCCUAUGAUGCUAAAUGACUUAUCAUUACAACAGAAUCUUGCCGAAUUGAUCAUGUGCCUAAUUGAAAGUGUCUGUCUUGCUUGUUUUCAACAACUUCAGCUACAAAAUCAACCCAAUGACUCACGUAUCGAAUCAACUGGUGAUCUUUAUCGAAUGAUUUCUUCGGAUUUUGCCCAUUGCAUUGAAACAUUUUUCCUAUAUCUAUACAAGAUUAUUGUCAUAUAUAGUGCUAUUAAUGAGGAUAAUCCAUUGAUAUUCACAACAUUUAUCCAUAAUCUUUACACUCGUAAUGAAUCGAUAUCGGCAAUGAUUAAGAAACAUUCGACCAGUUUUUUUGAUAUGAAUAAAGAUAAGAAUCUUAAAGAAUCAGCGACUGUUUCAUCAUCAUCAUUACCAUUUGGUGGAAAUAAAGCAACCCGUCGUCGUGAAACUUAUGCAUAUGAUUCAAUGUCAUUUCGACUGUUUGAAAUUCUUAAAAAUCAUCGUCACCAUCAUCGGAAAUCAAUAACAAUAAUGGGUCGAAGUGAUAAAUCAUCAUAUCUUAAUACAAUGCUAACAAUGUUGGCAAAAUUAUUAGAAUUUACUAGCUCAUCAUUUUUAUGUAAUCAUCUGGAAGAUAUGCUCAUCUAUUUAAAAAUGAUAUUCUAUAUGAAUCCAUCGGCUACGAUUGCAUCGAUUAAUCAAUUAAUUAAAUGUAUAUUUGAAAUAAAUUAUAUUUCAUUAUUUAUUGAAAUAUUUAAUCACAAUGGUGGCUUUCGAAUUAUUGAUUAUCAUCAUCAUCAACAACAAUCAUGUCAUUAUCACCAUCAUCAUCGUCGAGAUACAAAAUCAAAAUUAUCGAUUGAUUUGAAUAGUUUACAUAAUAUCUGUUUUGUCAUACCGUAUAUGAAAUUUAAUGAUUUACCAUCAAUUGGUGGCAGUGGUGAUGAAUCAAGAAUAGAUUAUUCAUCAUCAUCAUCAUCGUUAUCCUCAUCAUUAUCAUAUCUAAAUUGGCUACGAAAAUGGAUCGAAUAUAAAUAUAUAAAAAUAAUGAAUUCAGAUGUAACACGUGGAACUUUAGAGAAAAAUUCUGGUUUUUGUUUGAAAAAAUUUCUUACAACAAAAAUUCAAUGUUUCGAACCAUUAGUUAUACAAUCAAUGAAACAUUAUGCAAUGAGUAAUGAUACCAAAUGUCAAUCAAUCAUAUUGGAUCUUUUCGUACAAUUGAUUCAAUUCCAUAUAAAUUAUUCAUUACUUGAUUCGGAAAAACUUUUCGUCGGAUUUAUAAUGAAACAAUUUGAACAUUUAGAAACGAUUUAUGAUUCCGGUCCAUUCGAAAUAUUAAUGAAACAUGUAUUCCAUUUUCUUGCAACACUUUCAACUGAACAUUAUAUUAUCGAUGAAGAUAUGGUUAGCAUACCCAAAAUUAUUCAAUUAUGUGAUAAUUUAAUUGCCAAUGGUCAUCAAUGUUUAGCUAUUGAUGGUCUUCGUAUACUUAUUGAACAUAUUUUCUAUUCAGAUUUAUCACGAUUAUCAUCAGAUAAUAUUAAUUCAUCAACAUUAAUAAAUGCAGAUGCAGAACACUUACAAUUGGCUAUUGAAACACAAAAAGAAGUAAUUGUAGCAUAUUGUUUUAAAUUACUAAAUCAAAAUGGUACAUUCCAUCUAUUGGCAUUAAUAUUACAACAUUAUAAACAUCGUGAUCCGAUUAAAUGGAAUGAUCUUUCACAGCAGAUAUUAGAUAUUAUAAUUGGAAAAUUGUUAUCGAAUCAGAUUCGAAUCGAUUCAAGAGAAUAUUUUGAUUCAUUACAAUCCUUAUUAGCUAUAUUGUGUCCAAAUGUAUUAUCUCAUUUGACAUCAUCAUCAUCAUCGUCAUCAUCAUUGGAGAUAAUGUUGAAUGAAUAUAGUUCUUAUCAGAAUUCACAAAUUCUUUUUAAACAUUGGCUACCAAAAAUAUUGGUAUAUUUGAAAAUAAUACUAAUGGAUAUGAAUGAAACAGUUAUUAUGAAAGAAAUGGAUCGUAUUAAGACACGAAUGAACAUUAUUAUAUUGAAUCCCAUAAACAAUUGUCCCGGUGAUUGUGUUGAUAAAAUUGAUUCUGAAGAUGUAGUUGCAUAUUUUCUUUUAAAUCUUUUGCAGAAAAUCAUUAUGGAAAUUGAUCUUGAUGUUUCUAAUGGGAAUUAUCAUUCAAUCACCCUUAAUGAUAAUCAUGAUCAUCAACUAGUUGUACAUUUUCUUCGCUAUUAUCAUAUGAUUUUAGUUUCAAUUUUUCAAUCGGGUUUCUAUCCAAGAUUAACUCGAUCCGCAACGAUUCUAUUACGACAACAACCAAAAUCCGAACUAUCAUUAAAUAAUGAGACAUUUGAUCUAAAAAUGGUCAAUGAAAUUUUUCUUAAAAUAACUAAAUUUUAUCCACUCCUUACAAUUUCAUGGCUAAAUUUUCUUUAUAUUCUUAACUACGAUAAAUUGGCUAAAAUUCUGUCCAAAUGUAUUGAUAGAAAUAAAGUCAUAGAUUCCAAUGGGAAUAAUCAAAAAUCAAAACAAACAUCAACAACAAUAAUCAACUGGGAAAUCUUGAAACGAAGUUCAUUAAUAUUACUUUGUGAUUAUCUAUCCGAAAAUCUUGAAAAUGUUGAAUUCUUAUCAUGGUUCAUUAUAAAUUAUUUACAUGAAAUAAUUGAACAUUGCCAUGAGAUGCCAAUCAAAGAGUUUAUUAAUGGAUUACAUCGUAAACCAGUGUCGAGUGGUUUAUUAUUACAAGUUAUUAGUUCAAAAUUUGAUGAUGAACUUGUAAUGAAUACAAAUGGUGAUGAUGAUGUUGGUGGUCCAUUAAUGGCACAGAAAAUUCUUUAUUGCCUUGAACGUUCACAUAAUCGACAGAAUAUAGCAUUGAUUAUGUUUUUACUUGAACGAUAUAUAUGCAACAUACGUUUAUCAUUAUAUUAUAAAUGUUGUAAAUAUGCCGAAUCAAUCAUAAUAAAUCGUUUGAAUCUAAUUUAUGAUUAUAAAUCAAGAAAAUCAACUAAACAACCAUUAUUAUUUAGUUUUGAAGAUUUUGAUAAUCUAUUGCGAAUUGUUAAACAUACAUCAUAUAAUAAAUUAUAUUUUACAUUAAAAAUGAUACGUGUACGUUUCUAUGAUUCAAUGAUUGAUCAUAAUAACGUACAUAAUCAACAACAACAACAACAACAGCAGCAGCAACGAUUAUCAAGAAAAAAACGUCAUCAUCAAAAAAAUAUUAAAGAUCCAUUAAGAUUGAAACGGAUAUCCAUACCGGAUAUGGAUAAAAAUUGGUUUACAAUAAUGAUCAAUAAUCAAUUAUCACAACGACAGCCUAUCAACAAUACGGCAAACAUAUUGAAUUCAAUCGAUCGUCUUACCAACAAUGAUAUUAUUGAUCUAAUAUUUUCGUCAAAGUUUUCUUUGAAAAAUUUUAUCAUUAUAUUAAAAUUGAUUGUUGAAAAGCAGCUGGAUAAUAAUAGUAACAGUAUCAGCAGCAGCAUUGGUAGUAAUAAAUUCCAUAAACAUCAAUCGUUUACUAGGCCAUUGGAAUUGGCCAAAUUUAUUGUACCAAUUUAUUGCCAAUUUUUACAAUCAAUUCUUGAAAGAUUUCCUUUGAUUUAUUAUUUCAAUAACAACGGCAACAACAAUGUUCAAAAUAAUCAAAAUAUUCGUACCAUCUAUUAUGAUGAUGUUCGAACAAAACUUUUAACACAUAAUGAUUUUCCAUUUUAUACUAAUCUACUACAAUCAUUUAGUUCAUCAUUUGCCUAUUUUAUUGAACAUUUAUCAUUAUUUGAUAAUUAUUCAGUUGUUGGUAAUGAUUUUCAGGAAGAAGAAUCGUCAACCACUACUACCACUAGCACAGCAUCAUUACAAUCAAUAAUCAUACAUUUAACUAUCGUAUAUUCAACAUUAUUAUAUGAUGAACAGAAUCGACAGAAUUAUCAGAAUGCAUUAAAUAUUCUUCUUGUGAUUGAAAAUUUUCUCGAUAAUCGAAAUCUGUUUGUCGAUUUUGGACAGGAAAAAUAUUUAUAUCUACAAUUAACAUUGAUCAAUGCGAUUCAUUAUACGUUUAAACAUCAUUAUUCAUUGUCAAUGGCCGAUAUUUUUAUCAAUGUUGAUUUAACUAAUUUAACUACAGAAUUCGAUAUCACUGUGGAUGAUUACGAAAAACUGAUUACAAUGUUUCAUUCAUUGGAAAAUAAUUUUGACCAGAAUUUAGAUGAAGGAAAAAUUCCACCUUUAUAUCAUCGAAUGAUACAACGAAUAGUAUUGAAUCUAUGUCGUCUACCGAAUUUUAAUUCAUUAAUUUACAUUCCAUAUAAUCUAUUGAAUUCACAAAAUCCGAAUAUCUGGAAUGGAAUACAAUCAUUAACAAAUAUAUCGAUAAUGGCUUCACAAUUUCUAUGUGAAACAGAAACAUUUAAACAAUUCUUAUUCCGCAUUGCAAACAUUGGUUUCGUGAAUCGUCGACAAUUUGAAGAGAUAUGGAUGACAUUAUUGGGUGUAUUUUCUGAAUCAUUUUCACUCAUUUCACAAUAUUCUCGUCAAGGUUAUGGGAGUGGUAGUAUGGAAGAAUUGAGUGAAUACAUUAUACUCACGAAAUUAGUAAUAAUGGCCAUUACAAAUCUAUUAUAUAAUGCAAAUACAAUUCUAUCAAAUAAUCAUUAUCAUUCUGAUUAUUCAAUAUCCGAUUUAUAUGAUAAUAAUAUUGAUGUCGAUAAAGAACAUAUUGUUUCAUUUGGUGAGAAAUAUGAACAAAUUCAUCAUAUUAUUCAUCGAAAAUUUCAUACGGAUGAACAAACCAUAAAGCUAUAUAAUGAUCCAAUAUUGAAUCGUUCAUUUUAUUAUAAAUUCAAAUCAAUUCAUGAAUUCCAUUUCGAUUCAGUCGGCCGUAAUCAAUCGGAAUCAACAUCAUCAUCACCUAUAUCAUCGCCAUCAACAUCGACGAUACCUAUCAAUAAUAAUGUUCAAACAUCGAUUGAUCUAUAUUCAUGUAUACAAUUUUUGAUCGAUUUUUACGCACAACAGAUUCAACCAUAUUUAAGUAAAAAUGCCAUAUAUUUUCCUAUCGUAACCGAAAUGGCUAAAUCAACAUUAAUUUUAUCCGAAUUAUUUGUCGAUCGUAAUCAAUAUCGUCGUGUAUUAGAAUUGUUUAUUGAUCUACAAAAAAUUGUCGAUAAUUAUGAUGAUGAAAUUCUUGGUCAAUUUAUUGGAACCGGUUUCUGUAAAUUUUAUGCCAUUUUAGGCAAUUCUGAUGAACAACUUGAACGACAAAAGAAGCAUAUGUUUGAAAGAAAUUUUAAAGAAUUUUUUCUACCCACACGAAUACAUUCGAUUAAUGCCAUUGAAUAUCUCAUUGAUGGACAAAUUGUCAAAUCAAAAGAUUUACAACCUUUAUUGGAUUAUAUUGCCAAACAUUUAAGUACCGAACACAUCAUACCGAGUAGCUAUUGUCGAGAAUAUGUUGAUAAAUUGGUACGAAUUUCAUUCAAAUUGAUUGAUUCAUAUUCGGAUAUUGUUGUUGUACCCAAUAAUCAAUGUGAUUAUCAUCGUGAAAAGAUUAUGAAGGGCUUGAUCAAAUUAAUUGCGAAAGAUAUUAAUAUACGUGUAUUGAACACAUUGAUACAUUGUUUGGAAAAAUUAAUACGACAUAAAAAAUUGAAUAUGGAUGAAGCUAAUCUAUUAAGAAAUCUAUGCCUAAAACGUAUGAACAAUUCAACGACUAAUACAUCAACAACAAUAACAACUAAUCGAUCAUGUCAGAUACAAAUGUUAAGUAUGAUUGUCAAUACUACUUAUCUAGUUGGAACAACAAAUUUUGAUCUAGAAACCAAUGAUGAUAAUGAUGAUGGUGAUGAAUUAUUUAAAACAAUGGAAAAAUUAUCAAUCAUAUUUGAACCAUUACGUUGGUGUAAUUCAUUAGAUGCAAGAAUUAUAUGUCAAGUAUUCGGAUAUUUUUUAGCCGAAUUUUUUCCCGCACAAGAUAUAUUGAAUAAAUGUAUUGGUGAAUUUCUUUCGAAACAACAGAAUCAUUACAAAUAUUUGAUUGAAAUACUUUAUAUGAUUUACAGUAAACUACAAAUAGAUUGUCAACAAAAUGAUACGGCCGAAGAUUGGGUCAUAUUAUCAUUGUCCAGUUUUACACAAUUGGUGCCAAUAUCACAUGCAUUAUGGGCAUUAACUUGUUUUCUAAUCUGUGCAUCACAUAAUCAUUGGAUACGAUCAUGUUAUUAUUAUUUCCAAAAUCGAUUUGGUAAAUUUAGCGAACACGAUAAAAGAGCUUUUUUCACCAUCUGUAAUAAUUUCUACAAUGAGAUCAAAUCGGAUGAUAAUAAAAUGUCGUUCAUAAAAACAUUCCAGAAAGCGGCAUGUGUGCCGAAUUCACCAUAUAUUGAAGUUUUACAAUAUUUAUGUGAUGAUAAUCUGUGAUUAAUGAUAAGAAUAAUAAUAAUCGAAUUCACUUGCUAAAUUCA